AUGGCAGAGAACACAAUCCUGUCGCUCUGCGUCCCCUGCCCCACGCCUGCUCAGGCCGGACCCGUCGACGAGACCCUGACCAACACUUUUCGCCAGCUCUGCGCAGAGACCAGCCGCAGUCAUCACUGUCAGGUCAUCCUCGAUAUUAGCCCUCACACCACCCAGGCCAAGAAGCGACUCUCGAUCGAGAACCACCAAUCAGUCUACAACAUCGCCAUCUCUGGUCCUUACCAGAAUGUCAUGGCCGCAAGAGGCGCACUCUUGCGCAACACCCCUAUACCAGCAGUAUCAGCAACCGCAUCCUUCUCCACAUACUUCACUGUGCUGCCCCAGUUCAAGGUCCGGGUCGACCAAAUCUCAGCCUCCACAAAGACAUCGAUCGCACUCGUCUCAAGCCAGUUUCAUGCCCUUCCCUCUGCAAAAUCCAUCGUCGCUGCUCGUGCAAGGCAGGAAAUUGUCGAGUUACUCGUCUCCGGAUCAUGGGAGAGCGCAGAGACUGCAAGACUUCUCCUCCUGGUGGCAAUUGACACGCUCCAGCCUGGAAUCGCACAAGAGAAACUUCAGGUGGAACUCAAAUAUCAAAACAUGAUUGGUGGUCGAAAGCGCGAUGACCUGCAGAGCCUGAUGGCCAAGACGAGGACAAAUAUCUACAUGGCAUCACCCUUUGUACAGACCGCCAAUAAGGGCGGAAAUCCAGUGGAUUCCAGAUACAACGAGGUUUAUAUCACGGGUGAACCUGCCAAAGUCCAGAUCGCCAAGGAUAUCCUUUCGCGCGCCUAUGCUCGUGCCCAGUCAGCCGCACCAGCCUACACUCGCCAAGUGAACAUUGCCUGCCGCAAGCUGGAUUGGAUGCUUUUGAAUCAUCGAGACAAGCUGCGCUCGAUCAUGAUUGAUAAUGCGUCCUUUAUCGCCUUUCCUCCGCUUGGCGCCGGUCAUCCUAUUAUCUUUGUUUAUGCCGAAUCAAGAGUGAAUGUCGAGCGAACUAUCCGAACAGUGAUGCAGAUGUCCGCGCAAUUCCACUCUGGAUCAAUCAAUAUUCUCUCACCUAUCCACGAGAACCUUCUGGUGAUCCCACAAAGCCCUCCGAAUGCGCUGUCGCCUAUCGCCAAUAUUUCAAAGCUUGUUUCCCAGGCCUCUGGAGCGGAAGUGGAAUUCCGCAACAACGGGUUUUUUAUCUUUGGAAACGAGAUCCAGUCAAGGAUUGCGGUCCAGUACCUGGCCGACGUCGACUUUGUAAAGACGAUGCACCAUGAAGUCAAGUUUUCGGUCGAACUAGCGAACGAGCACCGCGAGUUCAUCUCUGGCAAGAAGAACGGCAAGAUCAACCGUAUCAUGAAGGCAACCGGGGCCAAGAUCAAGUUCGACCCAUGCAACGAAUACAAUUUUUACGUCGAUCUGAGCUCAACCAUCUCUGUGAAGGCUGUGGAAGCCCUAGCUCUGCUUCAGGAGGAACUGCCGGCGGAGAUUUCGUUCUAUGUACCGGAGACAUAUCACAAGCGGAUUAUCGGCGUGGGUGGCAAAAACAUUCAGCGCAUCAUGAAGAAGUUUGGGGUCUACGUCAAGUUUUCGAAUUCAGAGGAAUUUGCCAACCUUGGCGGCUACUUUGACAACCUAGACAAUGUCGUGGCGAGGACACCCUCUAAGAACGCCAUCAAUCUGGAGAAUCUGAAGCAUGCCGUGAUGGAGCUAGUCAACCCAAAGGACAAGGACUUUGUACAACAUUCCAUUAUCAUACCCAAGCAGUACCAUCUCUCGCUUCUAUCUGAUCACGCCCGAGAGUUGAGCGAACUCCAGAGCGCCACCAAUGCUAUGAUUAGAUUUCCUGAAAAGGAGACCGGGAGCGACGUUGUCUGGAUUUCAGGACCAGAGUCCCUUGUCCAUCAAGCGACAUCGAUGCUGCUCUCUCUGGUGGACGAACAAUAUGUGUACCCGGUCCCGUUUUCGGAGGCGAUGUUUAGAGUUUUGGCCAAACCAGAGUUCAAGACCGAGGUGCUGGAUAAGAUGAAGAACGAAUGGAACAUGACUCUUGUUCCUCCUCUCCCUGUGGAGACCGCUGCUUGCAUCAACAAGCAGAACGAAUCCGCAGCCGGAAUCAACGACCAUUUGUUCGUAUUCAAGUACAGUCGCAACAACGAGGAUUAUCUGCAGAACGCUAAAGAGUUGCUGGUGCAAUUUCUGAUCGACAAUCAGAUCGAGGUCUAUGACGACGAGAUUCGGGUACGGCGUCCUAGGUCAGACUCUUUUGCCGAGGCAUUUCCGCAUUUCAAUAGCAAGAUCCUGUCUUCUGUGACCAGUGGAGGUAAGGACAAAAGUGGUAUUAUGAAUGGCGCGUGUUGCAUGAAAAGGGUCUGA